GAAAGCAAAAGGACGAAAAUCCCUUCCGGUUUCUCUGCGCUCGCUCGUCCUGUCCGACACCGCGCCGCCUCUAUGAACAAACCAAUGACAGCGCCACCGGUCUCUCUGGCGGACUCAUUUCAUAUCAACUUUAAUCAAUGAUUGGUUAAUAUGUUCUUGGAGCUAAAUUAUUUUGGAAUGUGUGCUGCAGCUAUAGAAUCAGAAGAUGAGGUCCCAUCACUUUUGUGGGGUUUGAAUCCAAUCUUUUCAUCCUAUGCAAGACUAUACAUUAAAGACAUAUUAGAAAUGAAAGAGUCUAAACAGGUUCCAGGUAUAUUCUUUUACAACAGACAUCCAAUAAGACAAGUAGAUAUUUUUGGUACGGUGGUUCUAAUAAAAGAAAAAGAUUCCUUUUAUAUUUGUGGAGUGGAUGAUGGCACUGGUGUAAUAAGCUGUACCUGCUGGAAAAAUGCUUUAGCAGAAAAGAAAAAAAUGUCAGAUUUGGAACCUCAGCCAAGUACUUUAAGUGGUAUGAAUCUAACUGACUUGAUAAGAAAUCUCCAAAUAGCAAUUCGAAAAAAAACAAUUCUGGAAAUUGGUGAUCUAAUCAGAGUCCGUGGUUGCAUUCGAAUUUACAGGCAACAACGGGAAAUCAAGGCUUCUGUGUAUUAUAAAGUUGAUGACCCUAUGUAUGAAACUCAAAUUUCCAGAAUGCUAGAACUUCCUCGUUUAUAUAGGGAUAUUUAUGAUAAGAUAUUCCAGUUCCCAGAAGAAACACAAUGUAAUCAUGGUGCAUUAGAUGAACUGGGUUCUGUCAUGAAUCUGAGUAAAAAAAUAAGGGAUUUUCUAUUGAGGAACAAAAUUCAGAGCUUCUAUAUGCAGGAAUUAGAAACCAUUGAAGAUUUGGUAUCAUUGGCCAAAAGAGAUGAACUUGGUACCACUGCUGAGCAAACAGAUUCCAAGGCUGGUCCUUGCUCCAGACUGAUUAGAAAGUCAUUCACGGAAGCAAUAAAGUUAUUGCAGAAAAAUGGUGUUCUUUUUCAAAAAUCAAACACUUCCCAAAAUAUGUAUUAUGUUACUGAACAGGAUACAGAAUUGCACAAAGUAACUCUUGAAGUUAUCAGAGAUGAUUGUAAGAGACCAAAAUAUGCUGAAAAGGGGUGCCAUCUUCGUCACAUACUCAGUUGUAUUCAGCAAAGCUAUAAUCCUUAUAUCACUGAAGCUGUUGUCCAUUGUCUCCUUGAUUGGUUGGAGAUCAACAGUGAAGUUGUCACGACCAUGGAAGAAUACUAUAUAGUCUUUUAAUCUAAGGGAAUGGAAGCCUGGAGCCAAACUUUAUUAUUCAGUGAUCUAUAACAUCACAGAUUUUACUAUGUACCUGCUGAGCUAUUUUUCUAAUUUAGAAGGUGAUGCAGAAUACAAAUCAUUUUAUUUUGUAGUAUUUUUAGUAAAUAUCAUUGUCUGAAGCAUUUCUACUUUGUCUAAGAGCAAAAAAUACCAAGCAGUCAUGUAAAAGUAUGCUGCAACUGCCCCCUUGUGGUGGGAUAGAAUUAAAGAGAACAAACUUCGCCUUUGGACCCCAUAGUUAAAAAAAACCCAACAGAAAGCAUGUACAGGAAAGAGCAACUUUCUGCCAGAGACCAAAAACACAAAAGUAAAAAUCCAAAAAUGACAAUACAAAAAAACUGAAAAUGAUAAGUCAAACAAAAUAAAAAAAAUAAUAGAUAGAGGAAAAACUUGACAUAGCCAAGAUAUUUAUUGAACAGUUUGUGGAUAUAAUUCCUCAUUUAGCAAGGUGUAGUGUUUUGGACACUGAAGAAUAUCAGAGAUUCCUUAUUUCAGUUCUGUGUUAUAGCUCCCUCAAAGCUUAUUGAAAUUGAGAAAUAUUAUAUCGAGAAGCUAUGCUAUUUAAAAUCUAGGAUAUUUUUUUCCAUACAAAUUGAAAAACAUCCAGCAGAAUUAAAAUGGUGAAAGAACUAUCAAUUUAUCCCAAACUCUAAGGUCACAAUUUCAUAUGAACCCUGAUAGAAACAGUCCAGAUUCCAAUUACAAGAAAGAACUGGCACAGUCAGGCAUUCAGAUAGUAUUUUAAAAAUGUUGAUUGGAUUUCUUUAUUAGUUCUUACUUAUUUGAAGAGGCAAAUCUAAGGAUAUUAAUGUCAAUAGGCAUAUACUUAUUGCCUCUUCUGUCUGUAAAGUUCAAAAUUAAAUAAAUAAGUUUGGGCUCGAUUAGAACCACAUUUCUGUUUCCACCACAAUAUAGAGAAUGAAAAAAUGAUUCCUAAAAGAGCUAGAGUCAAUUGUGGUAUUAUUUUAUUUUGCAACAAUGAAUUUGGUUGAAAAUGCUCUUUUAUCUCAAGAGAGUUGACCCAUUAGAUUGGUUCAUACCAGCAGUUGAUGGACCCAGAUUGGUUUCAGAGGGACUGGGAUAUUCCUAUUGGUUUGCUGCACAGUCCAUCUGAAGUUUCAGUUGCCACUUGACAUAAGAGGGCGGUUGAGGCAUUGCACCUAUGCAAGCACUCCCCUUCUUGUGGAGCCCAUUAGUCCCUGUAGUUCACAGAAGAGUUAAGGGAGUUGAAAUGAGAGAAGAGACAUCUAGAGUGUUUUUGGAAUUCAACAGGGGACAAACUCAAUCAAACAUGGAUUUGAGUCACUAUUAAGACCUGCUUUGUGAUAGUAUGGGUGGUAAAGCAUCAGUACCCUCUUUCCCAUUUCUUACCUAAAUAAGCAGAAUUCAAAUUCUGUUUCAUUGUUCUCUCUCGAUGCUAGCAUGUUUGCACAUUACUCAUCCUUAGUUAAAUAAAUCAUAGCUAAUUUAAUUAAGUUUUCUAGGUUCAUGUUAUUUACUAGGUUCACAUGAUUAACCAGACUUGCUACUUUGCUCAACAGAGUAUUGUAAAAAAAAAAAAAUGGCUUGUGGGUCCAUAUGUCACACAAAUUCAGCCAUGUUUUCACUAACUGAAUUAUUUUAGGAAGCCAGUGUAAAGAUUGUAGCUAAAAUAAUUUAUCCAGGAGCAAUAUUGCAAUGUAAUUAUGGAACUAUUUUAGUCAGUGUCCUUUAGGGAAGGAUAACCCCUUCCUGCGGGGGGGUGGGGGAGCAAAGAUAGGUUCCUAAAAUGACCAGAUUUUAACACAUCCUUUCAUCAGGUUUUCAGUAAGUAAGAGUUGUGUUCCAAGUGAUGCCAUCAGUUGAGAGUAACUUGUUUUAUCCACAAAUAUGAUUUUGGCACCAAAAGCCCUUGGUAUGUCUUUUAAAAGCCACUGGACUUCUUACAGUGUAUGAUAAUCAAAUCCAUAAAUCCAAAGUGAAAAAAAACCUUCAAGUCUGCUGUCUUGAUGGAAGCUGUAUAGAAGACAUAUUUCCUAAAUAAAGGUUCAGAUAGUUUUCUUAAAAUUUUAAUAUUUAACUUUUAAAUUAACAAGUAUUUUCUUAUUUAAUAUCUACUGUAGCUGAUAAAGGGGAAGUUUAGUUUCCCUUUCUUUUGUAAUACAGUAUCAGUUGUUCAUAAAAACAAUUUAGUAAGGAAAAAAAAAAUUCUGUUAUUCUGGAAUCUAAAGCUGUGGAUCCAUUUUAUUAUCAUGUAACGGCAAAUCUUAAGGCAAAUCUUCAAUACUCAAGGACCGGAUGAGACUUGAUGACAAAAGCGCAACAUCAUGCACUUUUAUUCUUCCAUAGAAAUUUGAUGGUAAUCUGUAUUAUGAGUUGGUAAUUAUCUAACAAGCAAAAGUAACCUAACCUGCAAAUAUGUAUAUUGCCACAGUGUGGUACUGUUGAAACAAACUUGGAAAACUAAUACAGGAGUUUCUUUAUAUAUAGUGAAACUUAUAUUUUGUAAUGAAGUUUAUGUAUUUAAAUGUUUAAUUAUUUAAAUACAUAUUUAAAUUUAAGGUGAGUUAUGUUCAAAAUAAGAGCUGUAUGUACUUCAUGAUUGAGAGAGAUAUGCUUCUUGAAAUUUUAGUUCCUAUAUUUAAAAAAUCUUGUUAGUAUUUUUAAAAAUUUCCUUUGUAAAAGCACACAGUGAAGAGCUUUAAUAUUAUAUUUAGGAUACAUCUUUCUACUAAACCACAUUUUAAAUAGGUUUUUUUUUCUAGUCUGGUUUUUGAAUUUGUGUUUUAUAUAUGUAGAUAUAGUGAAUAUAAAAAGUAUAUACCUCUGAAAAUUCCAGGUUUAUCAGAUGUAAAAAAAUCUGAUCAAGAUAAAUCACUUCAAAAUUAUUUUAACCUUUAAUAUAACAUAUAAGCUGUACAAUAGAAAGAUAUGAGUCUUAUUAGAGAAAUAUUACAACCCUUUACAUUGUACCUGUUUUUUAUUUGAGCAUAUCCUUUUUUUGCAAAAAUUAAUGAUAUUUAUUUAUUUAUAAAAUUUACCCAUCUCAUGGUGAUUUAUCAUAACACAGUGGAGGCUGUUCUUAUUAUUUUCCACCAUUUCCUGAUUAAAUUCUCAAUUUGCAAACUUUGUAACUUGCAAUAGAGCUGGAUUAAAUCAAUAUAUUCUUCCCUAUGGAUACUUUCAUAUACAAUGUAUCAUUUUCUCUUCCUCAGUAAAAUAAAACAGUAAAACAAUUUUGCAAAUUCCUUCAGAACCUAGAGUUUAAUUCAUUUCAUUUUAAUUUGAUGUAAAUAUCUGGCUUUCCCCACCUAUAUUUCACUCAGCUAUAAAACCCAAUCACCGUGACAGGUGCAAAGGAUUGGGAAAGGAGGGGAUAGCUUAACACUAAUUUUUAAUUUUAUUAAAAGCCAAAUAAAAAGGUUUUGUUGGGUUUAAGUUCCUGUUGAAAUAAGAUGGUGAGGGGUAUAAACUAAUAGUUUAUGAUUUUGUCUGUAAAGGUAACUUUACAUCAGCUGAUUUUAAUCAAACCAAUUUAUACAUACACUUAAUCUACACUCUUCUGAAUAGACAAAAUCUGUAACUUUACUCCCAACGACUUGUGUUUUAAAUUAUGUAUUUCAGUAUUGCCUUGGAAGCUUAGACUGGGAUUCAAUUGGAUGCCAUACAAAAUAUGCUGAAAUUAUCUAUGUGCUUGUAAUUAAAUUAUUUAAACAAAAAUUUAACUAGUU